AUGAAUCCCUCUGAAGGAAAGCAUUUUACUUUUGACAAAAUUCCUGAUCUGACCGGAAAUGUUGCAAUCGUUACAGGAGGAAAUACCGGAAUAGGUUAUUUUACCUGUAGAGAAUUGGCCAGAAAAAAUGCUCAUGUGUUCAUGUUAGGUCGUAAUCUCGAAGGAUGUCAAGCUGCCAUUGAAAAAAUCAAAUCUGAAACUGGUAAUCAAGAUGUUGAAUUUUUACAUUUGAACUUAAAAAGUUUAAAAUCUGUUAAGGAGUGUGCUGAAAAUUUUUUGGCAAGAGAUCUACCAUUGCACAUUUUAAUUAACAAUGCUGGAAUUACAACAACUACAUUUUCACUUACUGAGGAUGGGAUUCAAGAGGAAUUUGGAGUCAAUCAUGUUGGACACUUUGUAAGUAAAACAAAGGAACACAGUCUUGCUCAUAAAAAUGCUGAGAGUGGAAUUAAAUUCGAGAAAUUAAAUGAUCCAAAUGCACAUGACUCGAAGCAACGUUAUAGACAAUCGAAACUUGCGAAUGUUUUAUUUACUAACGAAUUAAAUAAACGAUAUCUUGAAGAACAAGUAUAUGCUAACUCUCUUCAUCCAGGUCUUGUAGAUACCAACAUCUUAAAAAGAAACGAUUUAUCUUUAUCGGAAACUUUACUAUCUUCUUCAAUUUCACCUGAAGACGGAGCUAUUACUACCUUAUAUUGUGCUACCAGUAAAGAAAUAGAAGAGAAAAAUUAUCGCGGAAAGUAUUUUGUUCCAUUCGGUGUAGUAGGUGAAAAAUCUUCAUACGCUGAAGAUGAAGAUUUGGCCAAGAGGCUUUGGGAAUUUACUGAGAAUUUGAUAAACGAGAAAUUAUCGCAAAAUUAA